AUGGAUUCCGAUUCAGAUAUAGAACCCGGUGGCUCAGUUGCAAAUCGUGGGCCCGCCGUCCUGGCCGUCACAACCGCAACUCUGGUCCUUGCCUCGGUUUUCGUCUUCGCGCGCAUGAUCUCUCGCUGUUUCAUUGUCAAAAGAGUCACCUGGGACGAUAGGAUUAUUCUCUUAGCGUGGCUCAUCUCCUUCUUCUUGUCCUUUACAAUCUGCUUCGGUGUUGCCAAUGGACUCGGCAAGCAUGACACCGACAUCCCUCCAUCGCAAAUAUCAACUCUUCGUCACUGCGAAUAUGUCUUCUCGAUUCUUUAUAAUCCCGCCUUGAUGGCUACCAAGACGAGCAUCCUCAUAUUCUACUUACGCUUGGCUAGAAACACCCAAGUGGUCCUGCGCUUCGCUUCAUGGCUCACACUCGUCAUUGUCAAUAUUGCAGGGGUUGUCCUCACAUUCAUGAAUAUCUUUCAGUGUACGCCCGUACAAGCUGCUUGGAACGCGGACUAUAAAGGCCCGACGAAAUGCAUCCCCCUCCUUACCGAAUUCAUCUGUGCCGCUCCCGUCAACAUCGUUACCGACCUUGCUAUUCUUGCGUUGCCGAUCCCUGUUUUGACUGGCAUGCGGCUACCCUCGCGGCAAAAGACCAUUCUCGUCUUUACCUUUACUCUUGGUAUCUUCGUUGCCGUCGUGGAUGUCAUCCGAAUCUACUACCUUCAGCAGGCCAUCGCCGAUGUUCCCACUGGAAUCACCACUGAUCCUACCUCGAGAUUUGGUGGCCAAGCCGACUUUGCCUACAAUGCAUCGCUGGCGCUCAUGUGGAGCGCCGUCGAGGUCAAUGUGGGCACAACCUGUGCCUGCAUUCCCACCUUGAAACCUCUUGUUCUGCGCCUUCUACCCUCUAUGCUCUACAACCCCAAGAACAAGAAUGGGACGAGGGCCAGCCCGAGCACCACCAGCGAUAAGACCCAGAGUCAGCAACCCUCUGAAAACCCAUCGUUGACUAACAACAUCGCAUCGGGAGUGAUCAAGCCAGAGCCCGUUGCCCACGGCGCCCUUGGGGGCCGACUACACGCCAGCCCUGGUCCAGAUGCGCCUAUGAGCGCCAUGGAGUUCUUGACCACUCCCGAUAUGACCACCCUUGGGGACCACCAUUCCUACGAGAAUGGCAUAUACUUUGGGUUUGUCAACAUGACCAAGCCCAAGAGCAUGCUUCGCGCCAACAAGAAGGAAUCCUGGAAGUACUGCACCAUUGUGGCCAUUCUUUUCUUGCUGUGGGGUAUUUCGUACGGGUUGCUCAACACGCUCAACAAUGCGAUUGCUGCGGUGGACAAUAUGAGCACAGCUCAAACGAUUGGACUGACGAGUGCUUAUUUUGGUGGCGGCUACUUCUUUGGCCCUCUCCUCGUUGGCGAGUGGAUUCUGCGACGAGACGAGCAUAGCCGAUCCAAGCGUCAUCGGCAAAACGACGAAAACAUUGGGGGCUACAAGGCGACCUUCAUCACUGGCUUGUGCAUAUAUGGCACUGGUACCAUCAUCUUCUGGCCUUCUUCCGUAACUAAUUCCUUUGGUGGCUUCAUGCUCAGCAACUUUGUCGUUGGUUUUGGGCUUUCGGUGCUUGAAGUUGCAGCCAACUCCUUCAUGGUGCUCUGCGGGCCUCCACAAUACGGCGAGACUCGCCUCAUGCUGGCGCAAGCCGUACAGGGCGUUGGCAGCGUGCUCAGCGGGCUCUUGGCACAAAAGGUCUUCUUCAAGUCGCUGAGCCGUGCUGGGCCAAGCGGCAGUACUAUGUUGAUUAAUGUGCAGUGGACAUACCUCGGCAUUACUCUGCUGUGCGUCGUGCUCGCCCUUUUCUUCUAUUACAUGCCGUUGCCAGAGGUAAGCGACAGCGAGCUUGAGGAGUCGACCAAGUCGCUGCCUGUUGAUCCGUGUAAGAAGAGCAUCGGCGGUCUGCAGCUGCGGACCAUCAGUCUCAUCCUGGCCGUCAUGGCCCAGUACAUGUAUGUGGGUGGCCAAGAGAGCAACAGCACCUAUUUCAAUAGCCUGAUCGUCUCCAUCAUACCUGGCCAGGCCAACGCGGCUGAUCCGGAUCAACCCCUGGGACUCACACUCUCUCUUGCGGAUUACCUGACGGUUGGACACACCGUUUUCGCCAUCUCUCGAUUUGCCGCCGCUUACUUCAUUUACUUGUCUGUCAAAAAUCCCCGGCUGCCUCAGCCACGGACCGUUCUCAGCUUCAGCAUUAUUCUCUGUUUCGUAUCUGCCCUCCUCUGUGUCUUCCUGCAGCCUUCAAACCCGAAUCUAUUAUUUAUUCCUGCUUGUUUGUUUUUCCUUGGCGAAGGCCCUAUUUGGCCCCUUAUUUUCGCCAUUGGCAUGCGCGGCCAGGGCAGGAGAACUAAGCGGGCAGCUGCCUUUAUUACUAUGGGUGCCUCCGGUCCUCUCUUCUUUCCCUUUAUCAUGUACGGUAUCAUCACACGGGGCGGCACCGUGCAGCAUGCCUUUAUCCUCGUCGUAGCGAUGCAAGUGGCCAUGAUGGCUUUGCCAAUUUUCCUCACCUUCGUCAAGGACGCCCGGCUAAUGGUGGACCCGCGUCCAUCACGCCGUGUGCUGCGGAACCAAGGGGAGCGUCCCAUGGACGAGGUGCUUGCUGACGCGGUGGUUAUCGAACCGGAGCCUCGCGGCACCGAUUCUGCUACUAUUACUACGGAUUUUUUCAGAGAAACUGGCGUUGCGGAAAAAUCAUCCCAUCGUGGAUUUUUGAACAUUGUUUCUAAAGGGCUAGGCGCAAAGCUAAACGGGUCUCGACGCAAGUCUUCGCCUACACUCGAGGUGGAACACAGCGAAGGCAGUGUCAAUGCUUAG